GGUGCCCCCUCCCCCACCUCCCGCGCGCUCUAUAAAGAAGGGGCCCGGCGGCUCCGCGGCGCUUCAGCACCAUGGAGAGCGCCCGGCUUCUCGCUCUCCUGAGCGCCACCUUCGUGCUGCUUCUCGGGGCCCGCGGCCAGGAGGAGCCGGAGCUGCAGCCUCGCGCCCUGGACCUUUACCCCACCAUGGAGGACACGUCCCACGAGAAAGAGCUGAUCGAGGCGCUGCAGGAGGUCCUGGAGAAGCUGAAAAGUAAAAGGAUCCCAGUUUACGAGAAGAAGUUCGGCCAAGUCCCCAUGUGUGACGCUGGCGAGCAGUGUGCAGUGAGGAAAGGAGCUAGAAUUGGGAAGCUCUGCGACUGUCCAAGAGGAACUUCUUGUAACUCUUUUCUUUUGAAAUGCUUAUAAAGAAUUCCCCACGGAACAACAAAAGGACCCAGUGACCUUGCCUGAAAGUAAUACCUGUGCUCACCCGAAGACAGUGGAGAAAACGUCCUGUGGUUUGUUAUUCAGAGAAAGUCAGUUAGAAAUUCUAAAGGUGCCAGAGCAGUGCCAUGUCUGACGUUCAGCAUUUGUAUUCGCUUUCUCUGUUUAAUUUUGUCGGUCAAAAUGUGUGUAUCGCUGUGUAAAGGAGUUUCUUAUAUUUGCAAAUUGUAUUUUUGUAUGUGGAAUGUCCUAACGAAAAUUAGAGCUAGACAGCACUUGUAAA